AUGGAACGGACACUCAGCCAAGAUUCAACACCUUCUGAAGGACUCGCAACUCCAAACCCCGAAAAAACUGCCGCUGAAAAUAGAGCAAUUGCUGAAUACGAGACAAUGAUUGCUGCAAGAAACGUGGAAGCUGCUGCUCACAGAAUAAUGAACCCAAUUGUGGAUGACGGUCUCAAUCACUAUGGGCUUCCAAGAAAAGGACCGAAAACGCCAGAAGGGACGCCACCUGAAACUCCUCCUUUGAAAACACUAGCAAAAGCGCCUGUAUUCGAUGAUGUUUCAGAUGAUAGCACAGAAGCCCCACCGAUAGUACCACCACCGCCAAUUAAUAGAAAAAGGCAAGGCCCCGGAACUCCUCUAGAACCGCAUCCAGAUGAUAUUGCAGCAAUGGCAGCGGAAGAGGCUCAGAGAAACGCCGCACUUCGGAUACCAAUCAGUGAAGGAGAGCUCAGUGGAGAUGAUUCGGAUUCAACAAUACAACCGGCAACAACAGCGUCUGGAAAACCGAUUCAUAAGAAGCGGAGGCAUCGUACAUCGCCUGGAAAAACGUCCCAUAUUUCGCCAACCAAACUUCGGAACACUUUAUACUCGCCGCUUCGUGCCCUUCACAGACAACAUGUUAAUGUUCAACCUCGUAAACGUCGUAGUUCCGAAGAAAGAAAGCCAGUGCCGAAGGUUGACAAUUCAAAGGAGCUGACGUUCCCGGCACUUGCUAAGCAGAAAUGUCUUCAACUUCUGGAAUUCACCGAAAAAAAGGGACUGACUAUCACCGAUGAGGAGCUCUACGAGGUCGUUCGCGAAGGAAUCGCACUCGAUCAAGCCUUGGAAAAAAUAUGUGAUAAGAAACAAUUCAUGAAGGAGCAUAUGGAGGAGUUGCAUGAGCUGGAGUAUGAGAGAAUAAAGAAAAUACACGGCAACUUGCCUCGUCACAUGCAGGAUGUGCUCAUUUUUGAAAAUGGCACAGUGCGGAUCGCAGAAGACAGAGCCGCUGCGCCAGCCGGCCAACCAAUGCCGUACGGCACAUCAACACUUAUGUCGUUAAAGUAUGGACAACCUCCACAACACAUGGGAGUUCCACCACCAGGAUAUCCUCAAAGUUUUGUGGGACCACCACCCCCAAUUGGAAUGCCACCACCAUCCAUCGGAGUUCCACCACCAGCAUUGGGAGUUUCAGCGUCUUCGUUCGCCGUGCCACCACCAGUCAGCCUCUUGGGACCACCACCAUUCUCCAUUCCAGUUCCACCACCAGCAAUCAACACUUCUGUGCCUGUGAAUGUGCCACCACCAAUUAUUCAACCAAUGGCGCCACCACCAUCCAUCAUGUCAGAGAAUGAGAAAAGAAACAUGGUCACCCACGGUCUCAAUCCAAUGGCAUUCUCAAAUCCACCACCAGCAGGAUUUGAUCAAGCUGCAGCUAAAAACUCGACCCUGUCGCAAAAUCCACAGAUCGCCAGAGUUACAAACAACUUGUCUAACAUGUUGACCAAUGCCUUGAAAGCUCAAGUUUCAAAGACGCAAAACACUUUUGGCUCUGGAAGCCCAACAACUACACCAGCCAAAAAAGCAGUUCCAUCGCUCAUGAGCAUCAAUAUUCCAGGAGUCCCAAAAUCCGGAUCGUCCUCUUCCAAAAACCAAUAG